AUGCCGACCCAAGCUCGAUGUGAUCGUGUCCCUCCAGCCUCUUGCGACACUUGGGGCGUUGAUUUACGAGCGUUACAAGAAGAUGAUUUACCUCUGGAUCCCCGCCGCUGGUCAAGACAGCAGGCCGGUCGUUGGGUCUCUGUCCGCGGCGGUAGGCCCGAGAGGUUCCCUAUGAACGGAAAGGCCCUGUGUCUCAUGACUAUGGACAUGUUCAAAGCUAGGGAGCCCGAACACGGACUAGAUAUAUACCAGGACUUCAGAAGACGUCUCGGCAAAGCAUUAGCACUUCAAGAGUUAUUAGAAAAACUAUCUAAAUGA